AUGGAGUUCUCCCUUACUGGAUCGCCGGCAGCCACACCACUGGCAACACCAGGUGGCUCAAACCCAAGACAANAAGAACAGAGAUUCCGACCACCAGUCGCUCCAAGUCCCUACGCCGAAUACCAACAAACUGGUUCAGAAGCCAGUUACUUCCCUGCUCAGCCACAGCAACAAUUCCCACCACAGCAACAGCAACCUCAGAGUAUGGACGGCUUGUCAAAUCAGAUGGGUGCAAUGGGUCUAGGUGGUCAGCCUCCUGCUACCGCUGCACCGAGCUCGCGACCGAAANAGAAAGACCGACACGCAUAUCACCACAUCGAAACACCCGCCGCUGCUCAACCUCCGCCAGGUGCCGUACCAGGAACCACAUCGUCGCAAUUCUACAACUCUCAGAAUGCUCCCAUACCUGGAACAGCCGCCCCAUACAUGUCCCAGCAGAUCACACCCGCCAUGUCGCAAUUCCCUGCCGCAGCGUCCACCUUUGCGCCUGCCAAUCCUGCAACCCCUAUGGAACAUGCUGCUCGUCAGGGCGACCAACUCUUGUCGGCUCCUGCUUCUUCACAGUCAGGUCGGGUUGAUCCAGAUCAGAUCCCUAGUGUCCCAAGGUCACGCGACAUUCCAGCUCGCCACUAUCAAGAACGCAUCUAUCCUACCAUGGAGCAACACCUCCCUCCUCCUGCCGCUGUUCCUUUUGUCGCUUUUGACCAAGGAAACAGUUCUCCCAAGUUCGCUCGUCUCACCUUGAACAACAUUCCUCAUUCGUACGAAGCUCUCCAAACUACUGGUCUUCCUCUUGGUCUUGUUCUGCAACCCCUGGCACCUUUACAGGAUGGCGAGCAGCCUGUUCCCGUUCUCGACUUCGGAGAUGUUGGCCCGCCACGUUGCAGACGUUGCAGAACCUACAUCAACCCUUUCAUGUCGUUCCGUUCUGGUGGAAACAAGUUUGUGUGCAAUUUGUGCACUCAUCCUAAUGAUGUGCCCUCUGAGUACUUUGCUCCUACUGACCCCACAGGAAUCAGAGUCGAUCGUUCACAACGACCUGAGCUGAUGUUGGGCACUGUUGACUUCCUGGUUCCCAAGGAGUAUUGGACCAGAGAUCCUGUUCCUCUCCAAUGGCUUUUCGUGAUUGAUGUCAGUCUAGAGGCUUCUAGCAGAGGUUUCCUCGAUGCCAUGUGCAAAGGUAUUCUGCACGCGCUUUACGCCGAGGAUGGUACAAACAAUGUUCCUGCAGGUGUCAAGGUUGGUUUCGUAACGUUUGAUCGAGAAGUGCAAUUCUACAACUUGUCGCCGGGUCUUGAGCAAGCACAGAUGAUCGUCAUGCCUGAUAUUGAGGAUCCGUUUGUGCCUUUGAGUCAAGGCCUGUUCGUGGAUCCCCAGGCAUCUAAAGCUGCUAUCACUUCUCUUCUUGGCCGGAUACCGGAUAUGUUCUCCUCAGUGAAGAGUCCAGAACUCGCACUGCUUCCUGCUGUCAAUGCCGCUUUGGCUGCUCUUGCGUCUACUGGAGGCAAGAUUGUGUGCUCAGUGUCAAGCCUUCCCACAUUUGGUCCUGGACGCCUGUUCCCUCGCGACAAGAACGAAGGUCGCGAUACAGACGCCGAGAAGAAACUAUACACUACUGAGCAUCCUGGUUGGAGAAGUACGGCUGCGAAGAUGGUCGAAGCCGGUGUAGGUAUAGACUUUUUCAUGGCCGCACCCAGUGGAGGCUACCUGGACAUCGCAACUAUCGGACACUGCUGUGCGGUGUCUGGAGGCGAAACUUACUACUAUCCCAACUUCCACAGCCCGCGUGACGACUUGCGACUAGCAAAGGAACUAAAGCACACAGUGACACGUGAAACUGGUUUCCAGGCUCUUAUGAAGGUUCGCUGUUCGAAUGGUCUGCAACUGUCUUCGUACCACGGCAACUUCACUCAGCACACAUUUGGCGCCGAUCUCGAAUUUGGCGCAAUCGAUGCAGAUAAGGCGAUUACUGUCAUGUUCAGUUACGAUGGCAAGCUGGACGCAAAACUGGAUGCGCACUUCCAAAGUGCUCUUCUCUACACCACCGCGACAGGUGAACGCAGAGUUCGAUGCACCAACACUGUCGCAAGCGUAAGUGAGAACGCGCUUGAGGCGAUGAAAGUCGUUGAUCAAGAUGCUGUGGUCAGUGUAAUUUCCAAGGAGGCAGCAUCCAGAGUCUCGGAAAGGACCUUAACUGAGAUUCGCAACUCAUUGAGCGAAAAGACCAUUGACAUACUUGCUGGCUAUCGCAAAAACUUCUCUGGCUCGCAUCCACCUGGCCAGCUUGUCUUGCCUGAAAAUCUCAAGGAAUUGAGCAUGUACAUGCUAGGACUGAUCAAGUCGCGAGCUUUCAAGGGUGGUCGCGAGCCUAGCGAUCGUAGAAUCCACGACAUGCGCUUGAUUAGAUCCAUGGGACCUAUGGAGCUGUCUUUGUACCUCUACCCUCGCAUCAUUGCCAUUCACAACCUGGAGCAGACAGAUGGUUUCGCGGAUGAGAACGGUCGUCUGCGCAUGCCAGCUGCCAUCAGAGCGUCGUUCGGGCAGAUCGAGGAGGGCGGAGCAUAUAUCGUUGACAAUGGACAGGUUUGCCUGCUCUGGAUGCACACUCAAGUAUCGCCCAAUUUGCUUGAAGACUUGUAUGGUCAAGGUUACAACGAACUCAAGCAUCUGGAUCCCUUCAGCUCUAGCUUGCCUGUGCUCGAGACUCAUCUUAAUGCUCAGGUCCGCAAUAUCCUGCAGUACAUGGAGACCACAAGAGGCUCCAAGGCUAUGACGAUUCAACUGGCGAGACAAGGAUUGGAUGGUGCGGAGUACGAGUUCGCUCGUUUGCUGUACGAGGACCGCAACGGUGAAGCUCAAAGCUAUGUCGACUGGCUGGUUCAUGUGCACAGACAGAUCCAGUUGGAGGUAAGAUNNCUCUCCGGCCAACGUAAGAAGGAUGAUGGUGGAGCAGAUAUCAGCAGCACAGUAGCGUCUACAUUCGCAGGUCUCAGGGCACCUUAUUGGGGCUAG